AUUGCCACCUUACCCCCCCCCUAAAAGGAAGUCAGCGGUAUUUGUAUUAGUUUCCAAUCAUUUUUGCCAAUUAAAUGUCUCCUUCUUCUGGUAUGGUAACACUGGAGACAUUCCCGCUUCCCGCCAAAUUACUUUGUGUCUGUCUGCAUUGCUCGCUGUAAACCCGACAAAUUUUGUAAACACUUCAGAACAACUAUCUUUUCCAUUCGAGGCUUUGUUUCUUCCCUGUUCCUCAACUGUGAACUUUCAGAAUGGGUCGCAGAGGAGCAUUAAUAGUCUUCGAAGGAUGUGAUAGAGCCGGAAAAACGACGCAGUGCAAGAUGCUUGUUGAUGCGUUAAACAAAAGAAACAUUCGCGCAGAGUACAUGAAUUUCCCAGAUCGUUCAACGGCAAUUGGCAAGAUCAUUAGCGACUACCUUACGAAAAAGAUUGAACUUCCUGAUAAAGCUGUUCACUUACUUUUCUCUGCGAACCGUUGGGAACUUGAGCCCAUUAUUAGAAACAAAUUAGCAAGUGGUGUUUCACUUAUUGUGGAUAGAUACUCCUACUCAGGUGUCGCAUUUUCUGCCGCUAAAAAGGGUAUGGAUUUAAAGUGGUGUUGGAAUCCUGAAAUUGGCUUACCUGAACCAGAUGCAGUACUUCUCCUGAACCUUAAAGAAGAAGUCUCCUCAAAAAGAGGAGGAUUUGGACAGGAGCGAUAUGAGGUUUCUGAUUUCCAAAGAAAAGUCAAAAGUAACUAUAUCAGCUUGAAAACCCCACUGUGGCAGUUCAUUGAUGCUGAUAAGACUGUAGAAGAUCUUCAUCAAGAAAUAUUGAGUACCUUCAACACAAUAUACAAAAAUUCAAAUGGCAAGCCAAUACAAGUUUUAGAAGAAAAUCCUGAACUGGAUAACUGUGGUAAAUCGUUGAAAGAUAGGGAUGAAAAUACUAAUCCAAACAUCAUUGGCAACACUUAUAACUAACACAGUUAAAAACGUUUGUGCCUGGCGCUUUUUGUUUUAUUUUGUUCUGUCUUGCUCCAAGCCAGUUUUAUAUUGACAUGAAAGGGUCCUAUUAAUUGCAUUUAUUUUUAUUGUAUCUUGUUGAAUGAGUUUCUCAAACGGUUUUGGGUUGCACAAUAAUCAAAGAUGGAAGUUCAAGCAUUUAAGAGCUUUAAUGUUCAAACAAAUAAUACAAAGGAAAUAUCAUUCCAAUACACCUAACAUGAAUUGUGUAGCAUUUCAUCAUACUCGGUUCCUAUUUUUACAAAUAGUUCAAGCUUAAAACUGUCCCGAGACUUUCUUUAGCAAGACAUUGGCUGUGAAACUUGUAAGUUGCCUUUGUCUUAUGGAAUCUUAUCUAUAGAAAUGUUUCAAGGUUUCUAUAUUAACUAGUGCUGUAUGCAUGAUUCACAGCCUUUACAUUUGAUAUUAUUUUCUGAUAGCAUCACAGUCUUACCUUAAUUUUACUUCAAGGGUUUACAAUUUCAUCACAGUUUUGGCCUGUCAUCUUGCUAAUCUUAAAAACAAAAUGUUAGUAAACUUUUAAAUUUCUCUGACAAGCAGUAAGGUUUUUGCACUUUCUCAAAGCCAUUUUUUAAAUCAAUUAGUUGUUAACUUUUUACUGACCAGUUGGUGUUUGAAGUUAAAUCAUUUGCAGGUUGUGCAAAGUACAAAAAUGAUUGAUCUUGACGUACCAUUCAUCGUAUCACUUAAUGAAAAUUGUGUUAUGAUACUUUUUACGUUAAAACGGUUACUUUAUGCUUUACACAUUCUGUGCGUCCUCAAGUCGCCUUCUUUUACUACUUUUGGAUUCCUUUUCGUGUUUGUAAGGAUUCAUCAAUCAGAAUCAGCCUGCAAGUGCAAUGCUGAUAUUAUACUAGAUACAUAAGCCUAUGUGCAUUACAUAGUUAAUAAUCACAAUAUUCACCAACCUAACAGCCGACACAAUAUUAUAAAGUUCAGUCUAAUACAAAAAUGCAUUUCUUUACAUUUUUAUUGUUUAAAGGAUAUCAAACAUUAGGUUUAGUCUUGUUCUUAAGGGGUAUUUUGGAAAAUGUGUGAUGCCAUUUCUUUUGUUUGCAUUCAUUACUGGUUUCAGACUAAUCAGACUAACAAUGGUAUGAGACGGUAUUUUGAUGGUUCACCUCUCAUCAAAUAUUGGUUAAUAGGUAUCCUUAUUCCCUGUGAAAGCAAUAUUCUGAUGUUUAGGACCUGAUAUAAUUCAUUGUGAAAAUUAAAUUAUUCAGAUUUGUCUUGUUUAGAUUCAGGAAAAUCAUCAGGUGUUCUCUUGUUGGCAAAUGGUAAUGAAUGACUAUGAGGCACAGAUUAGCGACGAUUAGCACCAGCUCUUCCAACUGCGGGCUUUGAUGCGCCUCCUGGUUUUGGCUUGUUGUGUAGCAUUGUGGAGCAUUUUGGUAUGUGUCUAUCAGCUGCUGUUUGAUUGAAUCUGGAACAGAUUGGAAAGUGAACACUUAAUGCCCUCUAGAAAAUUCCUUUGCUUAAUGUUUAUUUUGUGUACUUACUUUCUUGCACAGUGAGGACAUUGUACAUAAUCUGAAUAAUCAGAGGGUGGUGGUGGUGGUAAAUCAGACAACUUCCCACCAUUUGCAAUAUGGGUCUGAACCUGUUUGGCAGCCCGGAUUGUCUGGAUAAAGUCCUCAUGUUUGCGACGCCAACUGUUAUUUUUUAGUGCCUGUUAAAGAAAAUUUUUAUUUCAUUGGAAACCAAAGACAGUUAUAUCUAAUAUCUUACCCUGUAUUUUUUUCUGUUUUGUACAUGUCUAUUGUAUAUGAUUUUCUAUUAUUUAUAUACGAACUAUAUUUACUAAAUAUUAUUUAUAGAGCAUAUUUUCCUAACUGGGUGUCUUGGUGCAUAAUAAAGUAUGAAAUAUAGAACUGCAAA